AGUUUCUGUUCUACUUCCAUCCAAGUUUUGCUUUCAGUCCUUUAGCUAUUUCUACAAUAUCUAUCGUAGCAAUGAAGUUGCAGCUGCGCACCAUCUUCUUGCUUGCUUUUUUGGCAAGUACUCAUGCAGCGAUAUCUCCGGAGGUUUAUUGGAAAGUGAAAUUGCCCAACACUCAAAUCCCCAAAGUCAUCAAAGAUUUCCUUCCCCAACCAGAUGAUGUUCUUCCUGAGCUAAAACAAGAUAACAGUAACAUUCAGAAGAAAGUAUACUACGGUUUAAGUGGAUAUAUAGCCAUUAGCUGGCAUCAUGCUGCUACAGAGGAAUAUCUUCGUGAGCUGGAACAAUACAACACUAACACUAAAGAGAAAGCUGCUACGAAUUAUGAUCGUCGUGUGCUAAAAAAGGAAAACCCUAGCAUGAAUUGUGAUACUAACAAGAAUGAGCUCCGACAAGUAACUGAUGAUCAUCCUUUGAAACAGUACUUCUUAUUAGAAAAGGACUUGGAGAAAGGAAAAGUGAUCAGCUUUCCCUCUCUCCUAAAUAAAAAUGAAGCACCCUUUUUGCCUCGGCAAUUUGUGGAAUCAAUUCCCUUCUCGAUGGAGAAAAUCUCAGAAAUUCUCAACCAUUUUUCGAUAGAUAGUGGAUCAAAGGAUGCUCAAACAAUUGAGAAAACAAUCAAACUUUGUGAAGAGCCAGAAGUAGAACAUAAAGAAAAGAAAAUAUGUGCAACUUCUUUGGAGUCUAUGGUAGAUUUCAGCUUAUCCAUGCUCGGGACAACCGAUAUCCUUGCAAUUACAUCAGAGGUACAAGGGGAAACUCAGAAAUCGCAAAGAUACACCAUUGAAGAGGUUGAACAAAUAGCUGAUGGGGAUAACAUGGUAUGCCACAAGCUUAACUAUGCAUAUGCACUGCAUUAUUGUCAUGUUGGAGGAAGCACCAAAACAUUUAUGGUAUCUAUGAUUGGUGAUGAUGGAACAAAAGUGAAAGCACUGUCAGUGUGCCACAAAGAUACAUCUUUUUGGAACCCAAAGGCAUUCCCUUUUGUAUUUCUCAAGGUUAAGCCUGGAACUACACCAAUCUGUCAUUUUCUUCAAGAUGAUCAAAUCGUCUUUGUCCCUUCUAAAUAGGCCUAAUAAGCUAAUGAAUAAGCGUUUACGCCAUCCUCGUUUGCCCUUUAUAAAGAGUGGUCGUUUUCCUUUCUGGUACUCUGCCUUUCAUCUGUAAUGUGUCUUUAUAAUAAAUGGAAAUGAUCCUAGCUUCAUGGUAUUUUUUUUGUA